AUGAGAAGAGUACCGGUAGCUUUAGAGGAGGCAGUCAAUCAUAAGUUGAGUGAAUGGAUGGAACGAGAUAUCAUAGAAGAGAAAAAGGGUCCUGUUACAUGGGUAUCACCGUUAGUUGUUGUGGGUAAGGCGAACGGUGAGCCAAGAAUUUGUCUGGACCUUCGAAGAGUGAACGAGGCUGUUCUAAGAGAGAGACACCCAAUGUCAUUGAUCGACGAUUUUCUAGCCAGAAUUGGUUCUAGCAUGAUCCGAAGUAAACUAGAUGUGAAGGAUUCAUUCCUGCAAAUCGAAUUAGAUGAAACGUCGAGGGAUGCAAUGGUUUUUCUAACACCUCGGGCCCCGGAAAUUUUCCAGAAAACUAUGGAUGAGAUCCUGGUUGGUUGCCCAUCUAGGGUACCUGGUGGUACAUUGACGAUAUCUACAUCGAAGGAAAAAAUAAAUACGAACAUGAUGAUCGUGUGGCUAAGAAUUGAAAGAUGGGUGCUUCGUCUGCAAGGAUUUGAGUAUUCGAUAACGUAUAUUCCUGGAGAUCAAAAUCUUGCUGAUGUAUUGUCUAGACUAUCAACAUGUAAACCAAUUCCGUUUGAUCAAAACGAGGAAAUUAUGAUUAGGGAGAUAGCUAACUUUGCUUCAUGCGCGGUGGCCGUCCCUUGGAAUGAACUAGUUGCGGCUAGCAAGAAUGAUGUGCAGAUACAGCUGGUUUUGGAGAGUCUUCGGCAAGAUCAACGACAGAGAAUUCCAUUGGAGUUCAGGGUGUUCGGUAAUGAGCUUGGUGAAGUAGGGGGCAUUCUGUUGCGAGGUGAUCGGAUAGUUGUUCCUGAACUUCUAAGACUACGAAUUCUUAACAUUGCUCACGAAGGGCAUUUGGGAUGUUCUAUGAUGAAAUCUACGCUUCGUUCAUCGGUAUGGUGGCCGAAAAUGGAUAGAGAUGUGGAAGGUUUUGUAGAGAAAUGUCGAGGUUGUAUUUUAGUAUCGGCACCGGACGCUCCAGAGCCAAUACGGAGGAAACAAAUGCCAGCCGGUCCUUGGCAGGAAAUAGCAGUUGAUUUUAUGGGACCGCUUCCAGAAGGACAAUGGCUUUUCGUUGUGGUGGACUAUUACAGUCGGUUUGUUGAAGUCGUUGAAAUGACUAGUAUCACCGCAAAUGAUACAAUUCGAGAGUUUUCAACUAUUUUCGGUAGAUUUGGAAUUCCCUACUCCAUGAGAGCUGAUAAUGGACCUCAAUUGAACGGAGAUUGUAAGGAGCUGAAGCAGUUUUGUCAAGAAAUGAACAUCGAACUAGUCAAUACCACACCAUAUUGGCCACAGGCGAACGGUGAGGUAGAGCGACAAAAUAGAAGUAUCUUAAAACGACUACGAAUAGCCCAGGAGUUAGGUAAGGAUUGGCGUUUGGAACUUAGUAAGUUUUUGUUGGUGUACCACACUACAAACCAUUCAACAACUGGGAAAUCACCAUCGGAAUUGAUGUUUGGACGAAGAAUAAGGAAUAAACUACCGUCAAUGCCGUACAGCAUAGAGGAUGAGGAAGUUCGAGAUCGUGAUGAAAUUAUUAAAGAAAAAGGGAAGGAAUAUUCUGAUAAUCUACGAAAGGCUCGCGAUAAUCCAAUCAAGGUUGGGGAUGUAGUUUAUACAAAAAGGAUGAAGAAGGAUCAUAAGCUAAACACAGAUUAUUCUUCGGAAAGAUUCAAGGUAAUUAAACGUACUGGAGCGGAAGCCACGGUUAAAUCAUUGGAAACCGGAAAUGAAUUUUCUAGACAGGCUUUAGAAGAGGAGGAACACAAACAACAGGACACUACGGAACAUCUAGCAGAUCCUGAAAUCCAGGAUGGAAAUAUACCUGAGAACAAGCAAGAUGUAGGAACCGAAAGAGCUAAGAGAAGAAGACUGGAUCCGAAGAAAUUUGAGGACUAUGUACCAUACUAA